AUGCGGAAGCUAGCAGAGGGCGGAUGUCGGGAGCAAAGCUUAAGCAAAUAUCAAUUGAAACGCAUUCAUAAACGUAAAAUUUGCAACAGGAACAAUAUGGCGCUACCAAGGAGUGUUUGUUUUCUGGUGGUGAAUCUGAGUAGUUUGUUGACUUUUUACACUGUCGUAUGCUAUUCUUCAGCUGAUUCUUGCAAAGAAAUGAAAUGCCAGGUUUUAGAGGAACGUGAUUACUCGUCAGAGUUUCGAUUCAAAGCUUCUGAAGAAGGUGUAAGGCUCGUGUACCUGAAUUUUAAGAUCUUCAAUGACAGUUACCACCCACCUGUGCCGAAGAACAGAAUUUUGCCCUACAGAUGGACGUGGGCUCAAAGUGUUAGCGAGUCGAUGUUAGCGCUGUCCUACGAUUAUGAUGUUUUGUCCCUUGGUCUCUUGAAAAACCAGGUGAGGUCCAUAAUGGUGACUCUAAAGGAAACACAAGAUGGUUGUUUCGCUCAUUUGACUCCGCCGUGUCAGGAUAUUACUCUUGCAACAUCCCUGUUGAAUUUCACAAGAAAUUUAACUACUUCUAAACCGCCGGAUGAGAUAAACGGUGUGGUUUGUUUCCGAGUCGUUGAAGAGUUUUCUUUCGGCGUUGGAGGUAGUUUUAAAUAUCAGUGCUGCAAGCAAUCUGGAGAACAACGGGGAAAAAGAAAGCCAAUUCACUGCGGCUUUGAUGUUAUAGAAAGCAAGUGGCUAUUGGUUUUCAACUAUAUCCUUAACGUAGUCGUAUCAGUUGUGUUCCUGUACUGGCCUCUACUCUUCUGUGCCAUACCGGAAUACUUUUUCAACGGAAUUCGCCAAAAACGCCAAAUACCAGAGGAAAUCCCAGUGGAUGAUUCAAGCCCGAUAACCUUUGCGGUGAUUGUAAGCAAGUGCGCGGAAAGGUUAACAUUUUUAAAGCACGGAUUGAACGUAAAAUUGAUUCUCCUAUGGUACUGUGUCCUUCCAAUAAUUUUUUAUGUUAAGCUUGCGUUAUAUUUCAUAAUCAAAGGAAACUUUGACGAUGCUUCCGGUAAGCUUUUGUUUCAAGUUGGAGAUUACUACCUUCACAUUUUUGACAUGAAGAAACCCGUUGUAUAUGUUCUGUUUAUUUUGCCUUUAUUUACAAUACCUACUGUGAUAUUUUUUUUUUUGAGGCCUGAAGGAGCAAACCUACAAACUAGCAAAUGUAGUCUUUGCGAAACUGAAGGCAUCCUAACUCCGCAAAAGGAGGUACAGAAGCAUGUAAAAGUAAUUCCAAGUAGGGUGAUGCAAGUAAUGGAAACCGUUCUUGGCCAGUUUACUAAUAGUAAGUGCGAAUUAUGUAGAAAUACUGCGCACAUGCCUUCUCAACAUUCACCGUGUGGACAUGCUAUUUGUGUGCUAGGUUCGGUUGCUUCUGCAAUUGUUGUUUGUCCACUUGCUAUUGUUUUUACUUUCUUGAUUUUUUUACUCGUAUCGGUCGUUUGCCUUGUGCUAUAUUCUCCUUUGUUGUGUCUACUGCAAAUUAGUUUCAGGUUUAUUCACAGGCGUUUUUUUUAUAAAACCUUAUUUUUUUUAAUCUUUCUUUAUUCGUCUCUCAGCUUGUUCAUCGUCGUCAUCUUUUCCUCUCAAUUCGUGGUUCGAAUGUUUGGUUUCGUUGUCAUGGGAAUCAUCCUUAACGCAGAAUUUGCGAUUCCCUUUGUCACAUUUUUCUUCGUAGUUUGGAGAAACAUAUAUCUUUGCUACAGUAAUUUACAAAAUAGAUACAAGGAGGUUAAAACAAUGAUUUCAGAACAGUGGAAGGAGAUCUCGAAGGAGAAAAUGAUACCAUACGAAGAAGAUACAAUUCCAACAGCGCUGUUUUUGUUUGUUUGCAACAAACGGCGUGUCUUGCCAAUUGCUGAUGAAGUUUUCUUAAUGCUAUGUAGUGUGCUAGCGAUACUGAUGUUUUUGUCUAUUGCGUUAGCGGCAAUCUUUCUCUUUAAGGUGGCGUAUACGUCGUCGGCCGUUGUAUCGACCAUCGCUGUUUUUGUAAGCGGGAAAAUAUCAGAAAUGUUUUUCAGCAGGGUUACGACAGGAUACAGUAUUAGCGGCUGGGAGAAAAUUCGCAAGAAAGAGAGUAUUCAGCUCGCUGUGGAGGAAUACUUUUCGUCUGAAAGUCACUGGGUGAGCAUGGAAAGUGAUAUAUCUUACGUAUCGCGCUUGACUAUGGUAUAAAGAGGAAGUUAAGUGUAAUAAUCCUGGUAUUCAGGUGAAAACAUCACUUUUCCUUGUUUCCAAAUGGAGAGUUUUUAAUUUACUUUUUCAAAAUUUUGCAUCCUGUCUCCUACAACCGCAAAAACAAAAGUUAGCUUCGCGCAAGAAAGUUCUUCCAUCUUGAAAAUAUUAUUAACAGUUCUGAGACGUUUAGCUUAACAUACAUGUCCUGUGUAACUCUUAGUUUUUAACUAUUAUUGUGUGAAAUUUUGAUGCUAAUUUAAAACACGUUAUGCUGACAACUAGUGUAUCAAAAAUUAAAUAUACCCUUAAACGUAUCAGACUUAUGGAUUAUUCGGAAUACACUAACCGUUAGAGUGAUUUUACUUGAACUGUGUCACAGAUACUAACAAAUAUUGCAAAAUAGCAAUGGGCAAACAAAAGAAGAUAAUAGAAUUAGUGCACAAUAGUGCGUAGUAUUUUACUACCCAUUCAUGUUCAAAUAAAAUCACUCAAUACCAGUGGAAUACACUGAAAGUCUUUGCUCUUUCCUCUAACUGCAUUUGGCUCACGUGUAAUGUAAGAGUUCGUAUGGGGAACAAAGUUCAGAUUGAUUAAAUAGACUUAGAAUAGGCAGUGGAAAUAAUGUUACCUUGUUUUGUUUUUGCCUUUUCUGCGGAAUUUUAGUGCGAUUUGAGCGUUUUACAUAAUCUUAUCAAAUUAAUCAGGAAUCAACGUUCGAAUCGAAUUGUACUUACCGUAAAUGACCUAAUAAACGCCCACUUCCAAAUAAACGCCUCUUAUCUAAUAAAGGCCCCUCUACGCUGUUGAAAUUGUAUUAGAUGCCCCUCUCUAAUAAACGCCCCUGUCCAAUAGAUGCUCCCUUUAAGAAUUACUCCAAAAAUACCAGGAAUUAGCAAAAAGGAGCAAAAUCAUUCAAUUUAUUCAGUUUCUUGCUUGAUUAACCAAGGUUUGCAUAAUGUCAAGUUCAAAGUAAGGAUAGACUAAUGAUGGCAACACAAUAACCCUGAGCGAGGAUCCGCUGACAUCGAUGUUGGAAUUUGAAAAAGCGAUAUGGAUGAUUUACAUGGCCUAGACGUAUCAAUUGAUGGAGUGGAUAUUCCGCGAUUUGUAAACUCUCUCUUGAUCUUUUUGCCUAAAGUAUAUUAGUUUUGUUGUGCUUGUUAUAGGUAUGAGAAUAAACGCCUCUCUCUCUCUCUUUUAAACGCCUUCUAUCUAUUAAACGCCUCUGCCUGGACCUCUAGAAUUAAAUAGACACCUCGGGCGUUUAUUAGAUCAUUUACGGUAUUCGCUCAUGUGAAAAUUCGAUGAUGUGAAGACAUUGCCUUGUCCCUGUACAGCUUCUUCCCAGGCCUUCACGAUCAAUGCAUUUCGGUGACGUAGCCGAGACAAGCGUCGCUCAAACCACAUGACCCAAGUCUCACAGGCCGCGCAGGAUAGUGAGGCGUAGGGACUAGGCGAGUGAAGACACUUAGUAGCAGCGAUGAGGGACCCGCAAAGUAACAGACGCAGGUGUCCACAUUUGAAAUGUCUGCCUGGGUCAGUUCUUGGUGUGCCGGAUUUUAACCUCGUUUCUAAGAGAAAGGAUCCCUAAAACGAGGUUGGUGGACGGAGCGAUCACAAAUGACGUAUAUACAGUCAGCCUCCGUUAAUCCCUUUUGUGGGCACCGCGAGUUAGUCUCCGUUGUAAAGAGGGUCAUUAAUAGCGGAUGCGAGAAGAAAUUUCUUUGAAAAACACUUGCUUUUACAGAUAACAUGCCUUUGCCUUUGGAUUACUUGUAACUGUAAAACAAACUUUAGCGUAGAAAAAAUUUGGUCAGACUGGACCAACGUAUUAAUAGCAGAGAGACUUGACAGCUAGUCUUUAGAAAUGUUGAAGAGGAAGUUCAGAUUAUUAGCAAUAGAAUAAGGGUUAACCUUAAUGAAAAGAGAAGUCAGAAGUUGCAAGUGGAAGAAAUAAAUCGUACUUUUAUCUCUCUGUUAAAAGGGGCAGCUUGUCGUCCGUUAUAACGAGAGUUAAAAUAAUAAAAUUAUGCUGUCAGGACCGAAAAAUGUGUCCUUAAUUCUGUAAUAGCAAGAGUCUUUAAAAGCGAGGGUUUGUUUCAGUCAAAUGCCCAUCACAGUUUUUUUCCGGGGAUUUAGCAGCUGUACUUAUUAUCGGGGUGUCUGAAAUAGUGAGACGUCUACAAGACGAGAGUUGACAAAUACAAAAGAUGAGAUGGCACGCACGCACGUACCCCGUGAGAAGAUCACAGAUGAGAGAAGGGGGCUUUGCCUGAAUUGAAGUCGCCGCAGUCCGAAAUUCUGGACUAGGUAAUGCGUAGGAGCCAUCCGCCUGCUUACUAGAUGCUGACUCGUCCCCGGUCAUAUCUAUUGAACGUCUCCCUAGUGGCGCACAGGGUGGGAUGGGAAGGAGGGAAGCGAGGGAUUGAGAUUAUCCCUCCCAUCACCCCUUAUUCCCGCCGUCAUCGCCUUCGUGACGAAGACUACUGGGGUCAAGCAGGACGAUUGAGUACUAAAUGUGUGAUAUAUUUAGAGGAGUUCUUCAUAUACAAGUACAGUACACCGCAGAAGUUGGACACGCCUUUGUUAUUAACAGUCGCCUGUCCCUCAAGAAAUGGGUACAGAUUGUGAUGUCCGUGGAUGAUACCACUGUGUACGUGACGAGGCAGUUUAAUAGUCACGUGCUAGAAAGGGAGGCAAAUGCUGUCCACACAGAGUGA